AAUUAAUGAAACUACCAAACAAUUUUGCCAUCGCUUAUAAAUAGCCGUUUUGAGAUACAACGCCAAAUUUGGUUCUUAAUUAGCCGAAAAAUCUUGAUUUUUCAUUAUCGCUAAAAAAAAAGUUAAAUUAUGGCGGCGAUAAUUGAUAAGCAAGAAAUAAAGAGUUCGAUACCGGCGGGAAGGUUAUUCAAAGCAUUUGUAUUGGAUUCCGACAACAUCCUGCCGGAGAUAAUGCCCGGAGUUUUCAAGUCUUUGGAAAUCAUACAAGGAGAUCAUGAUGAAGUUGGAAGAAUAAAGAUUGUAACAUUUUCCCCAGAGACUCAAAUCAAGGCUGCAAAGCAUAGGACCGAAGCAAUUGAUGAGGUGAACUACAAGUACAAAUAUAGUCUUAUCGAAGGGAGUAUAUUGGGAGAUGAUUUAGAGUCCAUCACGUACGACAUCAACGUUGAAAAUGGUGAAAACGACGUCGUUUCUGUUAUGACCUUUGUCACUACUUAUCGCCCCAAAGGCGAUAACCACCAUAGCAUACUAGAGAAGGUCAAGCAAAGCCAAGAGAGGACUGAGGGAUUUGUUCGUGCUAUUGAAGCCUACAUUCUUGCAAACCCUUUUAAGUACAAUAUCUGAGUGGAAAUUUGAAAUAAUAAAUCUUGUUUAAAUUGUUGGUUUGUGUUUUUA